AUGUGGACAGGAAGCAAUCGUUGUAAUGAUCCAAGCAAUAAUCAAGUUCAAAUAUUCGAAAAAUUGGAAGCAGAGCAGCUGGGAUUGACUAAAGUUCCUGAUGGAGAUAUGAUCUGUUUUACUAGUGAUCUCCUACGCUCUUCAGACGGAGAUGUUCCCUUAGAAUUCUAUUGCUUAAAUAGCAAUAUAGCUUCGUUCACGUCUAGCACUAGUGAUAAUACUAGAAUAUCUGAACUACUGGAAACUGCUGUUUCAAACUUUAAAGUUCCCUUCAACGAUAAUAAGAGUAGAUUACGAAAUUAUUUCUUUUCUUAUCAACUGAAAAUCAUCCCUAAUGCUGGUCAACUUGCGUUUGAUAACAAUCUCGCUAAUAAUGUUGUAGGUGAGAAAAACCAAGACAAGCUUAUACCAAAAUCGGAAAUGAUCUUGAUGUCUACUGGAGGAAGAAGUCAAAUUUCUGUAUCGAAAUUAGUAAUGUUUUGUACCUUCAGUACUGCUACUUUCCCCGUGGCUAUAUUCUAA